GCCCGGAUGCGAACAAGCAACAGUCAGGACAACAUGGUCGCUUGACUGAAGGCUGCGAUUACAGACGCGUGCUGGAAUCUCAGCGCUCCCACUCAGACACUACCUCAAAAACGGGGGGCUCGCUUCACUGCCGGAGCCUUCACCGCUGGGGAGGACGACCUCGUGCUUUACGGACUAAUUUCUCUCACACGGACAGGUUAUGUGGGAGCCGUUGUGAAUCUGUGUGAGAACUUGCCAGACGUCUUCUUCUAUGGUUAAACUCCCACCCUGACCUUCAAGAUAGACUCAACACAGUGCAGAAGAGGAACAAAUGCCUACACCAAACCAAACUGAAGACUUCUCAGUGGACAGGACACGCAGAGGGCCGAAGAAUGGAAUGCUCUCUCCUGCCUACAUCACAGCUCACAGCUCCAAAGACUGAGGUUAAACGGCUUAGUUAGCAGUGUGCCUCUCCCCCUAGAACUUGCACAGCCAGGGGAGAAGGAGUGACAAACAAAAGAGAAGGGGAAUUUUUUUUUUUUCCUUUAAGAAUAAAGCACAGCACCUUACUUCGCUUAGUUCAGACGUCCGGAGUUAUUUAUUUUUGGAUUAUUUGAGUUCUGAUCCUGCUCGAGAACCGACACCAAGAUGGAUUUAGAGCCGUACCUAUGGAUGGUCAUAAUUGGCUUCAUCAUCGCCUUCGUCCUGGCGUUUUCAGUGGGAGCCAAUGACGUGGCGAACUCGUUUGGCACGGCCGUGGGCUCGGGAGUGGUCACGCUGCGCCAGGCCUGCAUCCUGGCCUCCAUUUUUGAAACCCUGGGCUCCAUGCUACUCGGGGCCAAAGUGGGUGAAACCAUUCGGAAGGGAAUUAUAGACGUCAGCUUGUACAACGAAACCGUGCCCAUACUGAUGGCAGGAGAGGUCAGCGCCAUGGUCGGGUCUGCGGUUUGGCAGCUCAUUGCCUCGUUUCUGAAGCUGCCCAUUUCUGGAACUCAUUGUAUCGUGGGAUCUACUAUAGGCUUCUCCAUGGUGGCUAUUGGCACCAAGGGAGUGCAGUGGAUGCAGCUGGUCAAAAUCGUUGCCUCCUGGUUCAUCUCCCCUCUGCUGUCAGGCAUCAUGUCUGGCCUGCUCUUCUACGUAAUCAGAUAUUUCAUUCUUAGCAAGGAUGAUCCUGUUCCAAAUGGCCUUCGUGCUUUGCCCCUCUUCUACGCUUCUACUAUCGGCAUAAACACUUUCUCCAUCAUGUACACAGGAGCUCCAAUGCUUGGUAUAGAGAUGCUCCCAGUAUGGGCCAUAGCUCUGAUCACCCUGGCGGGCUCUCUGGUGUGUUCUGCGCUGGUCUGGAUCUUCGUCUGCCCCUGGAUGAGAAGGAAAAUAGCAAGUCAGCUGAAAAAAGAGCAUGUUCUCUCGCGCAUCUCUGACGAGAGUCUUGAUAAAAUUCCAGAGGAGGAAGAGGAGGCUCCGGUGUUUAAGGAACUUCCGGGGGCUAAGGGGAACGACGAUGCGGAACUGCCCCUGACCGGGGAGUCCACUGGGGAGUUGAACAGCUUGGCCAAUGGCGGCACCGUCCUGCCUAAUGGCAGGGUGUACGGCCGCACACACUCCAUGACCAACGGGUGCCUGAAGUCGCCUUUGUCCAACGGAAGCUUCAGCUUUGACGGACACAUGCGCAGCGACGGUCAGGUGUACCACACUGUGCACAAGGACUCUGGGCUCUACAAGGAUCUGCUGCACAAGAUCCACGUGGGUCGCCUGGAGGACGAGCGCGCCAACUCACGACCCGACAACAACUACCGAGUCCUGCGGCGCAACAACAGUUACACGUGCUACACAGCAGCCAUCUGCGGCAUGCCCGUCCAGCCUCUGAUCCGCUCUGAGUCCACCGCUUCACCUCCGGAGGACAGCGAGAAGCUGGUGGGAGACAGCGUCUCCUACUCCAAGAAGCGCCUGCGCUACGACAGCUACUCCAGCUACUGCAACGCAGUGGCCGAGGCGGAGAUCGAGGCGGAGGAGGGCGGGGUGGACGUGAAGCUGGGUGCGGAGAAACACGAUCCAGCGCCCGCUGCUGGAGGAGCGCUGGAGGACUGUGUUGAUGAGGACAAGGAGGAGAGGGACAAGCCGCAGGUCUUCCUGCUUUUCCAUUUCCUGCAGAUCCUCACUGCCUGCUUCGGCUCGUUUGCACAUGGUGGCAAUGAUGUCAGUAAUGCCAUUGGUCCAUUGGUGGCUCUGUGGAUGAUCUACGAGCAGGGCGGCGUGAUGCAGAACUCCACUACCCCUGUAUGGCUGCUGUUCUAUGGUGGUGUUGGCAUCUGCGCUGGUUUGUGGGUGUGGGGCCGCCGAGUCAUCCAGACCAUGGGCAAGGACCUCACCCCCAUCACCCCAUCCAGUGGAUUCACUAUUGAGCUGGCUUCAGCCGUCACUGUUGUGCUGGCGUCCAAUAUCGGACUCCCAAUCAGUACUACACACUGCAAGGUGGGCUCAGUGGUCGCCGUGGGUUGGCUCCGCUCCCAGAAGGCCGUGGACUGGCGCCUCUUCCGGAACAUCUUCCUGGCCUGGUUCGUCACGGUCCCUGUAGCCGGCCUCUUCAGCGCUGCUGUCAUGGCCCUGUUUGUCUACGGCAUCCUGCCUUACGUAUGAGAGGAAGAACGAGGGAUAGAGAGAAUGUAUAGAGAGGUGAUGGUUGGGGCAAAGGCAAGAGGAAAAAUAUAAUAAAUUAGACCAGAAGAUGGUUAGAUGAAGAGACAGACGGGUUGGAAUUGAUGGAAAUGGAUGAAGAGUAUAAAGGAAGUGGGGGAGGCUUUAAAAAUGAAAACCUGCCUGAGGAGCAUCCAGAAUUUUCUGACAUAAAUGUUCUUCAUUUUAUCUGCAAGUAUUUAUUUUCAUUUUCUUUUUUUUCUUUAUUUCAGUUUUUAGCUGUUGUUGUAAAGUUUUCACACGUCAUUACAGUAUGUCUCAUGAAGCAGUGCAUUUCAUUAUCAACAAAAAAAAAAUACAAAAAAAUUCUGGCAGAGUUUGCUCGCAGUCAAGACUGGGUGGGUAAAUGGUGCGAUCCGCUCACAAAAAUAGGCACACAAGUAAAUAUGCACAUAUCAGAAGUGCACAUAUCUUAAAUGACUACAUAUUCAGUAUCAGUGAGGAGAAAAGAGGACACAUAAAGCAACAGUUUAGAUCUGAAUAAUCUGUCUGUUACAUAAAAUGCUUGGGCCCAAUUUAAGACUGUUUUCAGUUGUUUAAAUACAUAUACUGUAUACACUGAGAUGCCAAAAAACAGUUUGAGUGAUUUAUUAAUUACAUGCCAAUAAUACACUGCAAGAAAACUGCUGUAUUUAAUAGAGCUACAAUGCAGAGUCCAUAAAAUCAGUUAAAAUAUUGUAAAAACUGUAAAUCAAGCUAAUCCUGAGCUGGACAUUAUGUUCAAAUUUAUAUAAAAUUUAGAUUUCUUUAUUUUUAAUAUCAAUAUCAAUUCCAAUAUCAAAAUGAAUAGUAGCAAAACCACCAUCAGUCAUUACACACUAGUGCUCUGCCCUUUCUGCUCAGCUUGAAUGCAGUGAACCGAUGGCAGUGCCCUGUAAUGAAUAUCAGAAAUACUAAGAUACUGUAAAUUAUAUGCAUUACUUUUACAAUUCAUAUUGACAUUGACAUUGUUAUAUAUCCCUGAAUUUAUCAUACCUCAACAAUCCUCUGCCAUCCAGAAAUAAAGCUAAUAAGAGAAACACACAAAACAGUUUAAGACACUUGAUGAUUUUAAUUAUUAUUAUUAUCAUUGGGUUAAAAGCCCUUUUAUUUUAUCUUUGUUUAUAUCUAGAUUUCCGUUCAACCUUUUUAUUUGUCAGAAUAUAUAAAGUAACAAGGAGGGUAUUUUAACUGUAUGCUAACAUUUCUGCUGUACAUAUUUUCCAUGAUGAAUUUUGAAAGGAUUUAAUUUUUAUUUUGUCUUGACGUUUCUAAAUAUCAUAGAAUCAGAAGUGAUGGGUCAGACUAUUUACAGAUAUGAAGCUGAGACAGAGUUAUUAAUAUUGUGGAUAAAUUUAAAUAAUAAUAGUAAUAUUAAAAUACUGUGUUCUCUGUUUAAAACUCUGUUUAAAAAAACUGAUUUUGUGUAUUAAUAUUACAUAAAGUAAAUAAUAGAAAUAUGAAUAAACCACAUUUCUAUCAUAUCAGCACCAAAACAAUUGGUAUUAUCCAUUUAGACCAGCCCAGUUAAGCAACAGUCUUUCAAAAUUGAUUAUUUGAGAUUAUUGUGAUUGUGCUUUUAAUUUAAUUUAAUUUAAUUUAAAAAUUUAACAUUUAAUUUUGUAUUGUAGAAUCAUUCCCUCCAAAGUCUGCUCCAAAGUAAUUUGUUCUCUAUGCCAAAAUUCAAAUGUAUUUGUCAGUGUUCAGUUAAUAAUGAGCAUCAUAUCUUACUCACUGAAAUAGGUAGUUAAAUUUAAAUAUUUUAAAGUUACAUAUGUUUCAAUGGAACAUCACAAGACCUAAUAUUGGUUUGGUGACUUGAUCACAAUAAGUUAAAGCAUUAUAGUUAUAAAAAAAAUCAGGACUAGCUAAUUUGUACUGAUUUAACAGUUAUUAAAAAAGGACUUGGUCCUGUAGGUCAAUAAUUAUAACUGAACUGUAGGUGCCUCAAUAAAAUUCUCCUUGCUCUUCUGUUUUUUUUUUUUUUUUUACUUUUUUACCAAAGAUUUCUGUUUAGUUCAGUUUCAUUCUCACAUUUAUCAUCAUGUUUUUUUAGAUUAGUUUUUUUCCUGAGACAUAUUUUGAAAAGUACUUCAGUGUUUGUGUGCCGAUAAGACAUUGUGAGAAAACAGUGUAUUAGAACAGUGUAUUAAGAUGCAGGUAGAUCCCAAAAAGUAGAAUAUAAAAAAUGCCAAGAUAAAACUUAUACGUGCAGCUACAGCCAAAACCCAUUGAACACACACACAUACACACACACAUACAAACACACACACACACGUGCACCAGCAUUCACACAUACUGAUUUCGAUGAUAUUGUCUAGAUAUUAACGGCUACCAGCGCACAAAUUAAAAAUUACAUUAUUAUAUAUAUAUAUAUAUACACGGUAUAGUGCCACAAGAUGUAUAUCCACUGUACCCUCAAUUCAAACAGUCAGGAAUACAUAAAUUAAUACAUGCAGCUGAUGACAUUGUGAGACACCUCAACCUCAAAAACAGGAUUUGACAGACAGAUAGAUAGAUGGACAGGACCACAUGCAGGUUUUUUUUUAUCUGUUGUUGCAGCGACACAAAUGGGUCAAAACUGAAAGGUCAAAAGGAAGCAUUGAAUUAAUGUUUUUAUUAUUUUUGGUGGCCUGUUUUUGGAACCUGUAGUCAGAAAGUUUCCAUACUGACACAUGAUGACAGGAUGAUGAUGAUGAAAAUGACGUGCGAGUCAAAGAGGUCAAAACAUUGCUCGGUCAGUUUCGAUGCCCACUGGUCAUUCAGUUCUGUUGAGUUGUGUUUAGCCGUGCCGUUUUCUAUUGAUGGUGGUGAUGGUGUUUGUUUAGCCAGAUGUGGCUGAUGUUGAUGACAUGAGACACCUUAAAAAAAAGAAAAGAAAAGAAAAAGAAAAACUCUGCCUCUGGACAGUCACCAGAUUUGUACAAACGUGUGGCUUUGAACCAAUGCAAAGUGUUAACUUUUUAUUUUCCUCGUGUGUGUGUGUGUGUGUGCGUGUAUUAUACUUUUUAUGUUUUUAUCUUUCAUCAUGAACAAAAAUCUAUGCUUAGACGGCCAUUUGCCUUGUAAUAUUGUGCUUUACUGUUUGUCAGAUACAGUAACUUCAGUACUGUGGUGUUUACAUCUUACUUCUUAUCAUAUUGUAGAAAUAACUCAUUACAGUUGCCUAAAAACGUCAAUGAAAGACAACGUGCUUUUACGUUUAUCAAAUCGAAAUACACGAAUUAGCCAGGAAUAGCGCAGAGCUGUCUCACGUCCUUUCGUGUUUUAGUUUGUAGCGGUGUGAAUUCUGGUCAUGCGUUACUUUUACAUCGCGAGUAGGUUUAAAUAUACAAUAAAUAAUAAAACUGUACACGGUGAGUGUGAUUUAAAAAAAAUAAAUGAAUCAAUAGAUAUAUAAAUUUCAUUCAAACUAUAUUUUUCUACAUAUCUGAGUUUUACCUUGAGUGCUGACUUUGAGUGAACUGGGCUCAGACAGGUCCUGAUAGACAUUUAUGUGAUACUAAGAAAUGGAUCUAAACUAUAUAUAUAUAUAUAUAUAUAUAUAUAUAUAUAUAUAUAUAUAUAUAUAUAUAUAUAUAUAUAUAUAUAUAUAUAUAUAUAUAUACUGAUGUAAUGUUGUAAUGGUUUCUUCUUAAUGAAUGCAAUAUAAUACAGUAUGUAACAGUAUAAUUCAGGUAAGGGUUUAACAGACUAAAAAAAGAAAACAACAAAAACUCUGAAAGAUUCCAUGUAUCCAUUGCUUCUUUUGCCCAGGCAAUUCUCUCCUUUGUUUAAAAGAAAAAAAGAGAGAGAUAGAGAGAGAAAGAACGAGUGGUUGCUUAUUGUUCAACCAAAAAAAAAAAAAAGAAAGAAAAGAAAAUUCAGCAGUGUUCUUGGUUAUGAUUUAUUUUUGGAAAGUAAAGGACAAAAAAUAAAUACUUUGUAAUUUUGUUUCCCUGUACUGCAGUUGUAAGUUGAGUUGCCAGAUAUGAACCGAAACUCCACAGCAGUGGCGUUCUGACCAUUGUUUAGACAGGUGGAGACACAGAGAAGCAAGGUUUUUAGGUUUUCACCAAACCUGUCACUGUUCCAAACCGGCAGGUGACGCUAUCUGCUUUUUUUCGCCAACUGCUGUCUUUCUGGUGCUGGCAUAUUUUUGUGUAUAUAGCUGAGCUGAACUUCGUAUGGCCAAUGUCUCGCAGAGUAUGCAGUAGCAUGUGUGGCCACAGGAGGGUAGCAUUUAUCUGUUAUAGACCUUUAUCUAUUAAAUCCCUCACUUCGGACAAAAGAGCCAAUGGCUGUGCCCUGUGCCACAUGGAGCUUUAUAGAAACUUGCUCAAAAACCCCUCUGAAAAAAGCUUAAUUCGCUGAAUUCAGUGUAUUAAUGUACAGUAUCAUUGCAGGCAGUGCAUUUGAACAAUGUACAAAACAAGGAAACCAUCCAGUUAAAAUCCAUGUAGAUAAGGAUUUAAAAAAUAAUAAUAAAAGUAAAGAUUCCAUUUUUUUUUCUACUUGGCAGCGAAUCAACUUUCUCCCUUAGUGGGUGUACUUACUGAUGGCGUUCUCAUUUUCUCGCUAUGUUUUCAUCUGCAUUCAAAACUAGACAGAAUGUAGCCUUCUCCUUUGCUGGCCUGCUGACGCCUGCUAUGUGUUGUGUCUGUACUGCCAUGCUGUUAGUGCCAUGCUGUAAACUGUCUGGUACCCUCUUAAGACAGGGCUGUAGACCUAACAAUUACUACCCUUAUCUGCAUAUGUACUGUAUUGUUUUAUUUCUCUGGAUUUAUUAUUUUUUUGUGAGAGUUGUCUGCAUUUUAACUAAUUAAAUUAUGGGAAUUAAAAUUACAAAGAAUAACACAA